GAGAGGCUUCCCGUGAGCCAGCGGGCGCGCGCGGGGACUACGACUCCCGGCAUGCCCCGCGGCUACCAGCGUUAACCCUUCAGAGCCCGGAGCUGCCCCGCGUCCCGCCCCUAACCUGGAACGGCAGGAGAUGGAUGCCCCCAUCAGCACAUUGUCCUUUGGCCACUGGACAUCAUGCCUCCCAAGAAGGAUGUUCCCGUGAAGAGACCAGCAGGGCCCUCCAUCUCUAAGCCUGCUGCCAAGCCUGCAGCAGGGGCCCCUCCUGCCAAGACCAAGACUGAGCCAGCUGUCUCCCAGACCCCUGUGAAAACCCAGGAGCCCCCUGUUGAUCUUUCCAAAGUGGUGAUCGAGUUUAACAAGGACCAGCUGGAGGAGUUCAAGGAAGCCUUCGAGCUGUUUGACCGAGUGGGUGAUGGCAAGAUCCUGUACAGCCAAUGUGGGGACGUGAUGAGGGCCCUGGGCCAGAACCCUACCAACGCUGAGGUGCUCAAAGUGUUGGGGAACCCCAAGAGUGAUGAGCUGAAGUCCCGUCGUGUGGACUUUGAGACGUUUCUGCCCAUGCUCCAGGCUGUGGCCAAGAACAGAGACCAAGGCACAUAUGAGGACUACCUAGAGGGGCUUCGCGUGUUUGACAAAGAGGGGAAUGGCAAAGUCAUGGGUGCAGAGCUCAGACAUGUCCUCACUACCCUGGGAGAGAAGAUGACGGAGGAAGAGGUGGAGACUGUUCUGGCAGGACAUGAGGACAGCAACGGCUGUAUCAACUAUGAGGCCUUCCUGAAGCACAUCCUAAGCCUCUGAGCUCCCCAGGUAACCCCUCCAGCCCCUUGGGUCGCCUCGAGAGGCGAGUCGUCUUUCUGCUCAGUUAGAAAAGCAGCGAAGCGCCGUUUCCCAUCCAGAACUGCGCAAGCGCCAGGGCUGGGCCACUUUGAAUUUUUUCCACACUUGUAGCGGGGUAGCAAACUUGCCUCACCUCUGUUGCAGCUGAAAGCACGCUCUUGCCGCUAGGCGGCCAACUAUUGUUUUAAAAUAAAGACAUGGUUCCUC